GGUAGCACAAGAGCUCGGAUUCCGCGCGCUUCCCUCGGGCCUUCCCCCGCCCAUCCCUUUCUGGCCUUGCGUCUGUCCGCUGGGGGCGCGCUCUUUGCGGGGCAGAAAGCGGCAGAGCGUGGGUCGCGUGGCGGAGCCUGGUUGCUAGGGACACCUGAGGUCGCACGCUCGCCCAGCAGGCGCCUCGAGGAAGCGGCGCGGAGCCGACGUCCAGCCACCGUGACGCAGGGGUACCCUAGAAUACUGCAACUGUGAGGCCCUGCAUUGAAAGUGAUUAAUUGCUGAGUCCUGGACCUAAUGAACUGCUGACUAGCGCUUGGCAGGCGCUCCUGUGAGGUGGUGGCUGCUGAUGCAGCGAGGUUGGGAAGAGGAAGAGUGCCCUGGAGACUCGGAAAACUUCAUACAAGCUGACGGACUCAAGGAUGAGGCUGGUGCUAGAGGUGUGUGGCACCUUACCUGAGCUAGGCCAUGAGGCCAUGCUGCUAUGAUGAGGGCCCCUCAUGGCCUCAGCAGGAACAGAGCACUACAGUAUUGGCCUGCGCCGAGGAAACAGCUUCAAGCAGAGACAACCCUCAGGCACAGUGUCUGCUUCACCAUCUGAGAAACCCUCGGAGGUCAAAGUCUGGUCUCAGGCCCAUCAGCAGGUGAAGCCAAUCUGGAAACUCGAAAGGAAGCACGUAGGCACACUGUCAGCAGGGCUGGGCACCAGUCUCCUGGGAGUCCCACCCCAGCCAGCCUAUUUCUUUUGCCCUAGCACUUUAUGUAGCUCUGGGACCACAGCUGUCAUUGCAGGCCACAGCAAUCCCUGUUACCUGCAAUCUCUCCCUGACUUGUUCAGCAAUACUCUGCUGUACCGCCGCACCAACGUGAGGCAAAAACCAUACCAGCAACUGGAAUCUUUCUGCUUGCGUUCCAACCCAUCAGAGAAAAGAUCUUUUUCUCUCCCUCAGAAGGGUCUCCCUGUCAGUGUCACUGCCAAUAAAGCCACAUCUUCUACAGUCUUCCCCAUGGCCCAGCCCAUGGCAUCUUCACCCACUGAUCCAUACCUCUCACUGGCAGCAGCUGGGGAAAAUCCUUCAAGGAAGAGCCUGUCCUCUGCCAUCUCAGGGAAGAUUGCAUCUCCACUGUCCUCCUACAAGCCCAUGCUGAACAACAACUCCUUCAUGAGGCCAAAUAGCACUAAAGUGCCCUUAUCACAAGCCACAGAUGGCCUGAAGCCAGUAUCCUCACCCAAGAUCCAGCCUGUCUCAUGGCAUCAUUCAGGGGGUACCGGAGACUGUGUACCCCAACCUGGUGACCAUAAGGUGCCCCAAAGCAUUGCUACCGUCUUAGAUGAUGUCACUGCCCCUAUGGCCCCAUCUACCCCUAGCACCCUCAACAUAUCCACAGCCAGUGUUGCCUCUUCCCAGUGCAGUCAGAGUAACUUUAGGAGGGAGGCACAUCCCUGUGGCCUGGAUGAAAACACGGAUUCCCAGAGUGCUACUAAAGAGGUACACUUCACUGAGGCUGUGAGGAAGCUGGCUGCAAAAGGCUUUGAGAAGAUGCCACGGCAAGGCUACCAGUUUGAACAGGCUUGUUUUGUGAACCCCAGCUUCCAGUGGGGUCUUCUCAACAGAAGCAGGCGGUGGAAACCUCUGAUGGGCCAGCGGUUUCCUCAGGAGGAUAUUGGAUUAGACAGUGGGAUCCUUCCUGGUGCUUCAGACACCUUGGGGUUGGACAGUACAGUCUUUUGUACCAAAAGGAUCAGCAUUCACCUCCUUGCCUCACAUGUUCAUGGGCUUAACCCCAGUCCUACCUGUGGGUCUGUAGUUGACCCCCAAUUACUUGGAGAAGACAGAGCUCCUGUUCCCCCUUCUUCUUCCCUCCAGCCUCUUGGUGUAGCUGAAGUGGCCACUCGUCUUUCUUCUGUCCAUCUUGGCCAGCCUGGGAAGGAACCUGAGGAAGCCAAGGACCUGAACUCUUGUAGUACUAAGGGUGAUUGUUCACCUACUGACCUCAGGCCAAAACAGCUGGAGCCUGAAGAUUCAGAAGAUGAACUGGGAGAUGGUUUGGAAGACAGCUGCAGUCAUGAUGAGAAUGAAGAAGAGGAAGGAGACUCAGAGUGCUCUUCUUUGAGCGUUGUGUCCCCCAGCGAGUCGGUGGCAAUAAUAUCUCGGAACUGUGUGGAUUUGAUGUCCAAAUCUAUUUCAAAUCAUGAGAAAGUUGUGCGGCCAGCCCUCAUCUACAGUCUCUUCCCCAACGUAUCCCCUACCAUCUAUUUUGGGACUCGGGAUGAAAGAGUGGAGAAACUGCCUUGGGAACAGAGGAGGCUACUUCGGUGGAAGAUGAGUACAGUGACCCCCAACAUUGUCAAGCAGACCAUCGGACGGUCGCACUUCAAAAUCAGCAAGAGAAAUGAUGACUGGCUGGGCUGCUGGGGUCACCACAUGAAGUCUCCUGGUUUUCGAUCCAUUAGAGAGCAUCAGAAGCUAAACCACUUCCCAGGCUCCUUCCAGAUUGGGAGGAAGGACCGGCUGUGGCGGAACCUGUCUCGCAUGCAAAGCCGUUUUGGCAAGAAGGAGUUCAGUUUCUUUCCUCAGUCCUUUAUCUUGCCCCAGGAUUCCAAGCUCUUGCGCAAAGCCUGGGAGAGCAGCAGCCGCCAGAAGUGGAUUGUGAAGCCACCAGCAUCUGCUCGAGGCAUUGGCAUUCAGGUCAUUCACAAAUGGAGUCAGCUCCCCAAGCGCAGGCCCCUCCUGGUACAGAGGUAUCUACACAAGCCCUACCUCAUUAGUGGCAGCAAAUUUGAUCUUCGGAUCUAUGUUUACGUGACUUCUUAUGAUCCCCUACGGAUUUACCUCUUUUCGGAUGGACUCGUCCGCUUUGCCAGUUGCAAGUAUUCCCCUUCCAUGAAGAGUCUUAGCAACAAGUUCAUGCACCUGACCAACUACAGUGUCAAUAAAAAGAAUGCAGAGUACCAGGCCAAUGCUGAUGAGACUGCAUGCCAAGGCCACAAAUGGGCGCUGAAGGCUUUGUGGAACUAUCUGAGCCAGAAAGGAGUCAAUAGUGAUGCCAUCUGGGAAAAGAUAAAGGAUGUUGUUGUCAAAACCAUCAUCUCGUCAGAGCCCUAUGUGACCAACCUACUGAAGUUAUAUGUGCGCCGCCCCUAUAGCUGCCAUGAGCUCUUUGGUUUUGACAUCAUGCUGGAUGAGAACCUGAAACCCUGGGUCCUAGAAGUCAACAUUUCUCCAAGCCUCCAUUCCAAUUCUCCCCUGGACAUCAGCAUCAAAGGCCAAAUGAUCCGAGAUCUCCUGAACCUGGCAGGCUUUGUUCUGCCCAACAUGGAGGAUAUCCUCUCUAGUUCCAGCAGCCCCAGCAGCUCCAGCGGUUCCAGCACCAGUCUGCCAAGCUCUCCUAGAGAAAAAUGUCAAAUGACUCCAGAGCACUUCACUGCACAAAAGAUGAAGAAAGCCUAUUACCUGACCCAGAAAGUUCCUGACCAGGACUUCUAUUCGUCUGUGCUGGAUGUCUUGACACCAGAUGACGUUCGGGUUUUGGUGGAGAUGGAAGAUGAGUUUUCUCGUCGUGGUCAAUUUGAAAGAAUUUUUCCUUCCCGAAUCUCUUCUCGCUAUCUUCGUUUUUUCGAGCAGCCACGAUAUUUCAACAUUCUCACCACACAGUGGGAACAGAAGUACCAUGGAAACAAGCUCAAAGGAGUAGAUCUGCUUCGGAAUUGGUGCUACAAAGGCUUCCACACGGGGAUCGUCUCUGACUCCGCUCCACUGUGGUCUCUGCCAACAUCGCUCAUGAAUGCCUCAAAAGGUGAUGGGACACCAAAUGCUGUCAGCAGAUCAGAUCACAACAAGUCAAGAAAGAAAAGUUGCUCCGAGGGAAACUCCGAAGAUGGGCCCACAUCUAAGCCCAAGAAGAGUCAAGCUGGCCUGUCCCCCAUAUCCAGGAAGACUUUGUCCUCAAAGAACAAUGAGAACACCAGCAAACAGUCCAAGCGCUCUACCCAGGGGUUACCUGUCCUCAAGUACUCUGGGCAGGGCUCCAGACUCUCUGCUUCUUCUGCUUCCCAGUCAAUUGCUGACUCCCUCCUGACUGCUGUGAGCCCAUGACUGGUCCUACACAGGAGCACUCAGCUACCUCAAGGGAACCAGCCUGCUGACCAGCCUGAGCCUCUACUCCCGCCUCCACUUUGCCCCUCAUCAGAGUAUUUUUGAAGUGGUUCUAUUGUAGAUAUGGGCAUCUGGAGGGCUGGAGGGGUGGUGGUGAUGGGGAGAAGGUGAGGAAGGUUCACCCUCUGUCACCUUACUGCCUGGUUGGGCUGGCACCUCAUAUCUCAGUAGAGAAGCCAGUGACAGCCAAGCAGCCUUAUAAAGCAGGGUUUGGUUUCUACACUGAGAGCCAUGUGUGAUUUAUUUGAGGCCCUGGUACAGGGCUUGAGUUGUAGCUCAAGAGGAGAAAACGUGCUAAACACAGAAGUCUCUUGUUCUGUAACUGAGAGGAAUUCCUUGAAGGUCCUGAUUUCCUUCUGUCCCCUACUUACCUUUGUCUUGAAGAGACAGUUUUAGAAACCUUCAGACUUCUUCAGAUUAGCAAGAGAAACUAUGAUAGACUAUACCCAUUUCCUGGCCUCCUGGUCUUGGGGAGACCUCCAUACCAUAAUUUUAGUUGCUGCUAUGUAGAGGAAGGUGGAAUGAGCUGUGUUUUCCUCAAUGUGGGGAAAUCUUGUAGUCUCUUUUGCUUUGAGGGGUUUGGUGCCUUGGUAGGUAGAUUUCAGCACAGUUACUCUUAUAGGACAGGCUUCUCAUCUCUGACAGUUAAUACUCAACUGCAUCUACCUCCCUCGUAGACUCAGUCCACACUGAGCAUUGAAUAAACACUGAGUGAAAUGUGCAUACAGAUCUCCAAGGACACUGGCCCCUGAAGCACUACUGUUCUCCUCAGUGUGGGGAAGUGUGGAGCUCAAGAAGGCCAAGAUGGGACAGUUUGGAAUGGAAGAGGUUUCGCUAGAACCAUGGUCUUCCUUAGCCUAGCGUUCUGCAGUGCUCACCUCCAUGGGACCUAUAGUUGUGUCUAGUGUUCCCAGCAGAGGGGCAUACAAAAAGCCAAUUGGCUCUGUAUCUAGAUUUGCUCUUUGUUCACCAAGCUGGCUGUCUUUGCUGGCCUUGCCCUCAUGCUUCUGAGUUUUAGAAAGAGGAAGUCUUCUUUCCACAUGACUCCUGAAGUCCUUGGCCAGUUGGCAUGGAGCCCUGGAUAGUAUAAGAGAGACCUAACUGGGUUCAGGGCCACAGAGUAGGUGAACAAGGCAGUCAGUCCUAUGCUCUGUUGACAUUUGUGAAGAACUCCGGAUAGCAAAGUCCGAGCCAGUACUUCCUGCUCAAUAAUAAAGACUUCAAAGCCAGACCGCAGUGGGAACCUAAGCCAUCCUAGAAAAUCUGUUCUGACAUGAGCAGCUAACACCCUCUCGUCCUGGUUACAGUAUUUCAGUGCACAUGUGACAAAGAGGCCUCUUUUAGCUGAUUUAAUCCUUGAAAGUGACUCUUAAUUCCUUAGCCUACCCUCCAAGAGUCUCCCAUCAUAGUCAGUUUCCAACUCUGCAGCUGCAGAGAAAAAACACAUUUAUCGGUGCAUCAGUUGUUUUCCCAAGUUGAUACGUUACCCAGCCUUUGGAGGAAGGGAAGAAAAGGCUCCUGAGACAAGGAAUGAAGUAGUCUUUUCCUUUAUAAUAGGAAUAUGAGACCUACCCUGCAGUGUUGUUUAGUAAGCUAAGCCAAAGUACUGGGGAUUGGAGUUUCCAAUUUGCUGGUUUAUUAUCUAAACAUUGUUCUGUGCAAGCAAUGUAAAACCCCCCUUGAAACUGGGUGUGGUAGCUCAUGCCCUUACUCCUGCCACUCUGGGAAGGCAGAGGUGGGCUGAUAAAACCGUCCCUUUAAAGAAGGGGAACAGCUACGGAGACCUCAGAAGUGGCCAGAACAGUGUCUAGGUACCUCACUGUCAACCUUCACCUAGAGCUUGCCGAAGCACAGUUUUCAUUAAUCCCUCAAAUUUCACUCCAGUGUGGUCUCUUGUCUGGCUUCAUUUUUACAGCGUCCUAGGACAUGUGUGAGUCAAUAAUUUGGUUGUCCCAAGAGCCUAGAUUGGCAAAGAAGAACAAGGGUGUCUAGGACAAAAACAGCACAGAUGACAGACUGUAAGGACUGCUAUGUGGACAUAGCAGGGGAUUGUGUCACUUGAGGCCCAUUUGAGGGUGGCAGCUCUUUUCCUGAAAGUGACAUCUCAUUACCAAAACCAAAGAACAUUCUUGGUGGCUUCUGUGGGCCAGUGAUGGGGGCUAAUUCACACAGUGAUUUCGUCUCCUACUGUAUGUGUUAUCUGGGAUAAGAUGAGAUAGGCUGCUAGAGAGAUUCCCCUGUUGACUUCUUGUUAGUGCCAAAGGACCCCACUGAUUGCUGCUCUAACAAAUGUCUAGUUUGCUUUGGGCGUGGAAACAAUGGUUUUGAGCAAGCUGCAUCUUGUCAUUGGGAAUUUUGAUCCAAGCCUCUCCAGCAGGGCUUAGCCUUGAACAUUCAUCUGUAGUCCCUGGGAACCAGUGUGUGCUCAUUUGACUUCCCUCUAUCAGCUUCAGUUCAGUGGAAGCAGCAAGCAGACAUAGAAUUUCCUAUGUGAGUGAACGAUCAUAGCAGGAUCAGUAGCCAUGUGACAUUCUAAGACCUAUCUGUGCUUUAGUCAUCAAAAUGGACUGAGAUUUGGAAUACCAGGGAUUACCACAGAAGUCAACAUUAGAAAUGCAUCUCUCUAAGUUUCAGUUUAUUAGCCAGGGAUAUCAUGUCUUAGAUGUAGUUAUAGGGAUUAAAUUGUGUGUAAAACAUCUUUAAAAGUGCCUCACAGUGUAGAUUUCAAAUAAAUUCUAAAAUAUCAAAUGAUUCCCCCAAACCAUUUCCUCAGAGUAUUGGGAGCAGCACCAGGGGUCGCAGUGCUCUUAGCGGUUCUGUGACGGAGCUGUGACAGCUCUGCAAAUGAGUGAAGGCCUGUGGUAGCUGUGUUAGAUAGGACCAGGCUUGUGUGAGCUCCUAAACUGUACAGCUAUUUACAUAAUGUUUACAUUGUAUGGGGUAUGGUAGUUUUUAAGUCCACAGGAAGAUGUGUGCAGGUUAAACUUCAGCAGCAAAUGCAACUCCAUUUUACCUAAGGGAUUGAAAAAUCUGUGUGCUUUGGGAUCUGAGAAGUCCUAGAACCAAUCCCCCACAGAGGCUGGAGAACUGUGCUAAGAUUGCUAGCUGUGGAAGAUCAGAGCUAGAGAUUUGAUCGAGAUAAUUAGCUUAAGAGUUUAGAACCUUGUCUGCUGCCAGAGAGGCACAAGUAAAACUUAACACUAAAACGUAGAACAGCCCAUGUUGCCAGUAAUCAGGGAAAGAACAAACUAGUAGAUUCUGCCUAAACAUCAGAAAGGAAAAACCGAUGCCACAACUGGAGUGAGAGAAGCCAGAAGGAAGCGAAUAUGCAGGUUCCAGUUUAGAAGAGGAAACCUUCUCAUAGAAGGCAGGGACUCCUGGGGGAGUAGAGAUGGAGGGAUUGACUGUAAAGAGGCACAUGGGAAUAUUCUUUGUCUUAAUUGUGGCUGUGGUAACAACUGUAUAUAGUUGGCAGACCUCAAAAUUGUCCUGUUGAAAUGAGUAUUAUACAUAAAUUUUAUAAAUAAAGCUGAUUUUCUUUAAUUUUUUUUUAUUUUCAGUGCUGGCAUCUAACCCAGGGUCUCAAACAGUAUUAGGCAAGUGUACUGCUGAGCCUACUCCUGGCCCAAAUCAGACAAACACACACACACACACACACACACACACACACACAGCCAUUACUACUUUGUUGAUGCAGAAAUUAAAGCCAUGAAUGAAGUAAUGGAGUACAGUUAAGAUUGAAAGGCGCUGUGACCAAUUGGAGUGGACAAAGCCAUUGCAGUUUGCACAUGUGACUUGUGUGAGCAUAAGACAUUGGUCAGUUACUUGUAAAGAGCACAUCUACCCAAAACAUUGAGAGAAGCCAGGUAUAGGAGGACAUACUUACUGUGUGGCUAACUGACAUCUGGAUGGUUGCCAAGGAGGAACCUUGUGGGGUGAUAGCAACCCUAUACCUUGGCUGUUGGUUUUGGGGUUAACACAAGCAUUAAAACACUGAACUGUGGGGUUGGGGAUUUAGCUCAGUGGUAGAGCACUUGCCUAGCAAGCGCAAGGCCUUGGGUUCGGUCCCCAGCUCCGAAAAAAAAGGGGAAAAAAAACAAACAAAAAAACACUGAACUGUGCACAUGAGACCUGUGCAAUUGUAGGCCUCGUUUUAUAACUGAGGAGAAACUGAUGUGUUAAAUUAGCAUCUUAAGUACAUUUCAGUGGUAUUCAUUAAGUUUAUAUUCUACAACGUUCACUUCCCCUGGUUCUAGAGUAUUUUUCUAAACAUCAAAGCAAAGUACCCCUAAGCGAAUGCUCCUCCUUCCCUCCCCUUUCCCUGCCCUUUGUAAUCACCGACCUUUCAGUUUCUGUAGGUUCACAGAUUCUGGAUGUUAUACAUAAGUAGAAUUGUGAUCUUUUGCAUCUGGCUUAUCUGACUUAGCAUGACUCCAAUGUUCACUUUGUAAAACAAGGUGACACUUCAUUUUUGUUACCAGUAUGUGUUAGUGGUAGAAAAUGAUUGGCUUUGCCGUGACAUUUUCAUCAUGUUUAUCUCCCAUGUCCCUUUCCUCUUCACUGACAGUCACUGUGUGGAUGUGUGUGCUCUUUGAAUAAAGGAUACACUAGUGUGAGAAGUGUGUGAGGGAAGGCAUUUUAAAAAAACAUUUAUUUUUAAUUUGUGUGGGCAGAUGUCCUCAGAAGCCAGAGAGGUCAGACCCCUUUGGAGCUAGAGUUACAGGCAGUCCUGAGUCAUGAUAUGGGUGCUGGGAACCACACUUGGCUUCCCUGCUACAGCUGGACAUGCUCUUAACCACUGAGCCUUAACACUGGGUUUGGUUUGGUUUCCCAGCACAGGCUGGCCUUGAGUUUACAGCAAUCCUCUUCACUUAGCCUUCUGAGUACUGGAGUUAACAGGUGUGUGCCAGCACACCAGCUUUGGUGUUUAUCAUUCUGAGCUUGCCUUAUUUUGCUUAACAUUAUGGUCUCCUAUUCGAUCCAUUGUCCUGCAGAUGACACAGCUGCAUUCUUAUAGAUGAAUAAAUAUUAAUGUGUACGUGUGGUGUAUUAUCUAUCAGCUGAUGGACAGUAUCUGGCUGUGGUGCUUGUCUGUGCUGUGAGUCACAGAGAUGUAAGGGUCUCUGUGCUGUGUGUUCAGAGUCCUCCAGAUAUAUUCCAUUGGGCCAUUUGGUAGUUCUGGUUUUCACUUUCUGAGGAAACCUCAUACUUCAUUUCCACAGUGUUUGCACUAGUUACAUCCUACCAUCUGUGUGAAUGUUCUUUUCCCCAACAUUUUCAAUAGCAUUUGUUUUCUUACUAAUAGCCAGUCUGACUGGGAGAAAUGCAAUUUCAACAGUUUUGUGUUUCCCUAAUGGUUAAGGAUACUGGAGUUUUUUAACUUCUAAUAUGUAAUUUUUAUUUUUACGCAGUCAUGUCGAAACAGUUUACACUGAGAGUAAAAACUGCUCCAGAUAUCCAUUAUUGGCAUAUUGGGGGGGGGGGUCCCACACUGAAAAUAUUUCCUUUUAGCAAUAAGGAAUUCCAAGGGUAUCCAUUACCAGUUGAAUAGCUUGCAGGGAAUUUGUGAUUUCUUCCAUAUUACCAUGCCUCAAAACCCUCUGUGGCUUAAGUCGUGAAACUAUCCUGGUCUUUAUAGAUCCUUCUGGUAUAAAAGGAAAGCCUGUACAAGAAUUCUGCUUAUCAAAUAAUCCCUGUAGAGAAGAUAAGUACGAUCAAUGACUUUUGAUUUACUUUGUGCAUCAAAAGCACACUGCUCUGUCUUCAACAGCACAGCUACUAAACAGCAUGUCCUUGUGAAAAUGCUGGUACGCUUCUCAGCAACUCAGUCAGCAGGCUGUCCUCGGUACGCCUGCAGCAGCUCCAGCAGUGUGUCCACACAGUGUUCAGCAUCGCGAAUGGCUGAGAUCAUACUUUGCCCCAUUCAGCAAUGCUUGGACAGCAUAUCCAACAACUUCCAUACAAGGAACACUACGAUUACAGCUUCGGAUUACAACAAAGAUCGCAGAGAGCGCUCCGCUUUCAGCCAUGUUCUCACAGCAAAAUGGAGAUAACUUGGUAACAACCUCCAGGUUCAUCGCACCCAGAGUGGCCGAUGAGUGUCUGUAUGUGAGCAGGUGAUGAAUGAAGUGCACGCUCAGUUCUUCUGUACAGCUUGUUUUCCUCCUCCACGUUCCUGCUGACACCUCAAAGGCUUCAUCAAAUAGCUUUAGUUUCUGUGCAAUCAUUUUUCUUCUUCAAAGCAUAGCCUCUCCAUAAUGCCUGGAUUCUAGUGAGCUGCUAGGAGAAAGCGGCAUACUGCCUUCUGUGUCAUGGAUGCAGCCCUAUCCUGCUGGUGCCAACAUGCUGAAACUUCACGUCCAGCCUUUAUGAUCGUAUGAUACUGGACAGUUUUUAAGAUGUAUUUAUUGGCUAUCAAUAUUUUUAGUUAAGUAGUAAUGCAACUGUUUGUGAUUCUUUUUGGAAACAGUCUGUUCAGUCUAUUUGCCCAUUUAUUGAUUAGCUCAUUGGGGAUAUUGGUGUUUGAUUAAAAAACAAACAUUUAGUUCUUUAUGUAUUUCAAACAUUAAUCUUAUCACAAGUGAAACUGGCAAAGACUUCAUGCUCCAUGUACUUUGAUUUUAGAAUUUUUUUCUUAUUCUAAAAUAGUUUAUUUAAACAUACCAGGAAGUAUAAGGAAAAUAAAGUGUGUGAUUUAUCACCAUUA